CAAGUUUGUCGCCUGUGGAGGAAUCUGCAGGACGUCUUCCGCUCACUGCUCUGAAGUUGCAUUAUGGGUCGACUUGACGGCAAGGUCAUCAUCCUGACGGCUGCUGCUCAGGGCAUCGGCCGGGCAGCCGCCUUGGCGUUUGCAAGAGAAGGUGCCAGAGUCAUAGCCACAGAUAUCAAUGAGUCCAAACUUCAGGAGCUGGAAAAGUACCCGGGUAUUCAAACUCGUGUUCUUGAUGUCACAAAGAAGAAACAAAUUGAUGAGUUCGCCAAUGAAGUUGAAAGACUUGAUGUUCUCUUUAACGUUGCUGGUUUUGUCCAUCAUGGAACCAUCCUGGACUGUGACGAGAAAGAUUGGGACUUCACCAUGAAUCUUAAUGUCCGCAGCAUGUACCUGAUGAUCAAAGCAUUCCUUCCUAAAAUGCUUGCUCAGAAAUCUGGCAACAUUAUCAAUAUGUCCUCUGUGGCUUCCAGCAUCAAAGGAACAGUUGAUACCCCAUCUCUGCAAGAGAGAAUACAAGCCAGACCAAAUCCUGAAGAGGCACUGAGCGAUUUCCUGAAGAGGCAGAAGACCGGAAGAUUUGCAACUGCGGAAGAAGUAGCCCAGCUCUGCGUUUAUUUGGCUUCUGAUGAAUCAGCCUACGUAACAGGUAACCCUGUCAUCAUUGAUGGAGGCUGGAGCUUGUGAUUUCAGGAUCGCCUUGCUGGGAAAGAAGGCAGGCCCUUCCUAUCCACAGUGAGCCUGGAUAUGAAGAAGACUCACUGGUUAUCUCUUUUCUAUUAAUAGCAUAUUAAUGAAAACAAGCCCUUUUUAAUGAUUUCAUUGUUCACCAGAGUCUGAUUCUUUAAAUAUAUUUAGCUAAUCACUUCUGAAAUCAUUGUAGGAAGAUGAAUAAAAGAUACUGAACUCACUGCAAGAGAAUACUUUUUAAAAUAAAUCUCAACUUGUAAGCAUAUAAUAUUAAAAUGUGAAUUCAAAAGAAAAGGACUUUUGUUUUUAAAGAUAUUAAUUUCUGUUUUAUUUCUGUUUUCCAGUAUUCAAAUACUUUAUACGUUCCGUAGUAGUCCGUAUAUGAAUCCUAAUUUAAAAAUUUACACCAUCAUAAAUGAAUACCAAAGGCAGAGUUUGACUUAAAGUAAGUGGAGUUUAGACUUGGAAAUAUAUUGCUGAUGUGUUUUAUAAAAGAAAAGUAAUCAUCAAGUGUACUUAAUGCUGGGCGCCUUCACUUAUAAUGAAGUACUAUAUUCUUAGUGUGGAAACCUUGGUGGCGUAGCA